AUGGAGGAACUUCAUCAAUCGUCCUUGUUAGAAUCUGGUGGGGUCAGGGUCGCUGUUCAAGGUUGCGGACACGGUCAUCUUGACUCAAUCUACCAGUCUGUCCAGAAUGCCGCAGAAAGUCGAGGCUGGGAUGGUGUGGACCUUGUGAUUAUUGGGGGCGACUUUCAGGCCGUGCGUAACGCAGCAGAUCUUACAGUAAUGUCCGUUCCCAUCAAGUACCGGAAGCUUGGUGAUUUUCCAGAAUACUACAGCGGCCGGACCAAAGCGCCGUUUCUUACCAUCUUUAUCGGAGGUAACCACGAGGCCAGCUCACACUCAUGGGAAUUAUAUUAUGGCGGCUGGGUAGCGCCUAAUAUCUACUACCUUGGAUCCGCCAAUGUGCUUCGUUUUGGGCCUAUUCGGAUCGCUGGCAUGAGUGGCAUUUGGAACGACCCGGAUUACAAUAAACCCCAUAUCGAACGACUACCCUUUAACCACUCUAACCACUCCAACCACAAUGACAUCAAGAGCUUUUAUCAUGUUCGCGAGUUCGAUGUACGCAAACUCCUCCUUAUCAGAGAGCAGGUGGACAUUGGUCUCAGUCACGAUUGGCCGAAAGGUAUCGAGCGAUACGGUGACGAAGAGGCUCUUUGGAGGAUAAAGCCAUUCUUCAAACGGGGAAGCCUGGAUGGGACACUUGGAAGUCCCGCAGCCACGUACGUUUUGGACCGAUUACGGCCGCUGUAUUGGUUUUCGGCCCAUAUGCACUGUACGUUUUCGGCCGUGAAACGGUUCGAGGUAAUGGCGCCAGCGUCGCCGAGUUCAGAACAGAAGCCAAGGCCAGUGUCCACUGAACCGUCAUCCGUUGCGCCAUCCGCAGUUUCUCCAGGUAUUCCCGGGCAAUCUGUGCCUGCAACCAUAUUCAACACCGAGACAAAAUUUCUGGCUUUAGAUAAGUGCGGGCCGGGGAAGAAGCACUUGGAGCUCUGUUACAUUAAGCCAGCUACUGCUGCUUCAAAGUCAGCCUCCAAGAAAUUCAUAUUGGAAUACGAUCCAGAGUGGCUUGCAAUAACGCGAGUUUUUCACCAAUACCUCACCAUUGGGGAACGUGACGCCAAGAUGCCAGCCAACGAAGGCGAGAACGUUUACACAGAGAUGAUCGACAAGGAACGUAGGUGGGUAAACGAGCACAUUGUGGCUCAAGACAAGCUUACAGUUCCCGAAAACUUCACACUUACUGCCCCUCCACAUAACCCAGGAGACCCUGAGACAGUGAAUUCGCAACCCAGGGAAUACACAAAUCCUCAAACAGUGGCGUUUUGCGAGCUUCUUCAAAUUAAGAAUCUCUGGGAUGCAACGUCUCAAGAGAGGAACCAUCGGAAAGCCCAAGGACCGCACCGAGAUCCUCAACCCAGAUCUGGUAAUCGUGGUGGACGUGGUCGUGGAAAAGAUGGCGAUCGCGGGGGCGGACACGGAGGAGGAGGACGGGACUGCAGUAUUGACCGUCCUUGA